GUUUUGGUCGGAAGGAUGUAGUCGAAUAUUUACUUCAAAGUGGUGCCAAUGUCCAUGCACGAGAUGAUGGAGGCCUUAUUCCUCUUCACAACGCUUGCUCUUUUGGUCAUGCUGAAGUUGUCAAUCUUCUCUUGCGGCAUGGUGCAGAUCCUAAUGCUCGGGAUAAUUGGAAUUACACUCCCCUUCAUGAAGCUGCCAUUAAGGGCAAGACAGAUGUCUGCAUUGUACUGCUGCAGCAUGGUGCUGAACCAACCAUCCGGAACACAGAUGGAAGAACAGCUUUGGAUUUAGCAGACCCAUCUGCAAAAGCAGUGCUGACUGGUGAAUACAAGAAAGAUGAACUCUUAGAAAGUGCCAGGAGUGGAAAUGAAGAAAAGAUGAUGUCUCUUCUUACACCAUUAAAUGUUAACUGUCAUGCAAGUGAUGGCAGAAAGUCUACCCCUUUACAUUUAGCAGCUGGGUAUAACCGUGUAAAAAUAGUGCAGCUCUUACUGCAACAUGGGGCUGACGUACAUGCUAAGGAUAAAGGAGAUUUGGUGCCACUUCACAAUGCCUGUUCCUAUGGUCAUUAUGAAGUAACAGAGCUUCUAGUAAAGCAUGGAGCAUGUGUGAAUGCAAUGGAUCUGUGGCAAUUCACUCCUCUGCAUGAAGCGGCUUCCAAGAACAGGGUGGAAGUAUGUUCUCUUUUGUUAAGUUAUGGUGCUGACCCAACGCUGUUGAACUGUCACAACAAAAGCACCAUUGAUUUGGCUCCAACACCCCAAUUAAAAGAACGAUUAGCAUAUGAAUUCAAAGGUCACUCACUCCUACAGGCUGCAAGAGAAUCAGAUGUAGCUCGUAUAAAGAAACAUCUUUCUUUGGAGACAGUGAACUUCAAGCAUCCUCAAACACAUGAGACAGCAUUGCACUGUGCUGCUGCAUCUCCAUAUCCUAAGAGAAAACAAGUGUGUGAAUUGCUGCUGAGGAAAGGAGCCAACAUCAAUGAAAAAACAAAAGACUUCUUGACUCCUCGGCAUGUGGCAUCAGAAAAGGCUCAUAAUGAUGUUGUUGAAGUAGUUGUGAAACAUGAAGCCAAGGUUAAUGCAUUAGAUAAUCUUGGCCAGACCUCUCUUCAUAGAGCAGCACAUUGCGGUCAUCUUCAGACAUGCAGGUUGCUGCUUAGCUCUGGAUGUGAUCCUUCCAUUGUGUCUCUGCAGGGCUUUACAGCCUUGCAAAUGGGGACUGAAAGUGUGCAACAGCUACUACAAGAAGGUAUCCCAUUAGGUAAUUCCGAUGCAGAUCGACAGUUGCUGGAGGCUGCAAAGGCUGGAGAUGUGGAUACUGUAAAAAAACUAUGUACAGUUCAAAGUGUGAACUGCAGAGAUAUAGAAGGACGUCAGUCUACACCACUUCAUUUUGCAGCUGGAUAUAACAGAGUAUCCGUUGUUGAGUAUCUUCUUCAGCAUGGAGCUGAUGUGCAUGCAAAAGAUAAGGGAGGACUUGUCCCUUUACAUAAUGCUUGCUCAUAUGGUCAUUAUGAAGUUGCAGAACUGCUGGUUAAACAUGGUGCAGUUGUCAAUGUAGCUGACUUGUGGAAAUUCACUCCCUUGCAUGAAGCUGCAGCAAAAGGAAAAUACGAGAUUUGCAAACUCCUGUUGCAGCAUGGAGCUGACCCUACAAAGAAAAACAGAGAUGGAAAUACUCCUCUAGACCUUGUUAAAGAUGGUGAUACUGAUAUACAGGACCUACUUAGAGGAGAUGCAGCUCUACUAGAUGCUGCAAAGAAAGGUUGCUUGGCCCGAGUGAAAAAGCUGUGUUCACCUGACAAUGUCAACUGUCGGGACACGCAAGGACGGCAUUCAACACCACUACAUUUAGCAGGUCAGUGUUUGAAUUAA